AUGAGGACUCUUAUUUCGGUUUCAGCAACCCUACGAGGAAAAUUUGCAGUGGUGAAGAAGUGUAUCCAGAAAGACACUGAAAGAGAGUUUGCAGCAAAAUUCAUGAGAAAAAGAAGAAAGGGCCAAGACUGUCGGAUGGAAAUAAUCCACGAAAUUGCAGUCCUUGAGCUGGCACAAUGCAACCUUUGGGUCAUUAACUUGCAUGAAGUUUAUGAAACUGCAACAGAGAUGAUUUUAGUCCUAGAAUACGCUGCUGGAGGUGAAAUCUUUGACCAGUGUGUGGCUGAAAGAGAGGAAGCCUUCAAAGAAAAAGAUGUUAAACGACUUAUGAAGCAGAUCUUAGAAGGAGUUUCAUUCUUGCACAGAAACAAUGUGGUUCAUCUUGACUUAAAGCCCCAAAAUAUUCUACUAACCAGUAAGUCCCCUCUGGGAGACAUUAAGAUAGUAGAUUUUGGCCUUUCCAGAAUAAUGAAGAGCAGUGAGGAACUAAGAGAAAUUAUGGGAACUCCAGAAUACGUAGCUCCUGAAAUUCUGAGUUAUGACCCGAUCAGUACAGCAACUGACAUGUGGAGCAUUGGAGUACUGGCAUAUGUUAUGCUAACAGGGAUAUCGCCUUUCUUAGGGGAUGAUAAACAAGAAACAUUCUUAAAUAUAUCUCAAAUGAACGUAAGUUACUCUGGAGAAGACUUUGACCUCAUAUCAGAGUCUGCCGUGGAUUUCAUCAAAACUCUGCUGGUUAAGAAACCCGAGGACCGGGCAACUGCUGAAGAAUGUCUUCAACAUCCAUGGUUAGAACAAAGCGAUAAUCCUGCUUGCAGGGCCUGGAAUAAGAGUACAGGAGGGGAGACCAGUGAUGUCACCCAGAAAGAUGCAGAUUCUGCCUCUGAAAAAUCAGUAGAUGCUGAGAAGACUGAAGAGGAAGAAUCAAUACUGACAGAAGAACUAAUCGUAGUGGCUUCAUAUACACUGGGACAAUGUAGGCAGUCAGAAAAAGAAAAAGUAACGGAGCAGAAAGCCAUUUCCAAACGAUUUAAAUUUGAGGAACCUUUACUGCAAGAAAUACCAGGAGAAUUCAUUUACUGAACUGUGUGGAGCUUCAUAGCUGUAACUGGAAAGCAGUGUUUUCUACUAAAUAAAAAUAUCCUAGCCAAGGGAAUUUCUGAUAUGCAAUAAAUGUUCUAGAUAAAAGAAAAUGUUGAUAAAUGGCAUCCAAGGAAAAUGUGCCAAGUUUUUAAUUUCAUGGAACAGAUAAACAAGUUUUCAAGUGGCUGACAGGAAUUUAACAAAGAUAAAAAAAAGCUUAUUUUUGUUUGUAAUUUUUAUUCGUUUUUUUGUUGCUUGAUAGCGGAGUUUUUGUUAAUUGUUCAGUGUUCUGGAGAAGUUGACAUUGGAAGUGUUUCAGUGACAGAUGUCAAGAGGAGUAUUUUAGGAUAUGUUUUGGCGUUUAAUGCAAAUACAUAGUGCUGGGUUUUCCUCAAACACCUUUUAGCACUCCUGACUUCAGUGGAACUAUCUACUGAUCUAAAAAUUGUAUGAGAGGAGAAUUUGAUCAACUGGCUUGACAUACAGAUUUCAAAGUUGUACUGUGUAUAUAUUUCUUUGUUUACAUCAAGUCAAAGACCCAGACUCAUCUGGCGUAUAGCCAAACAGUGAGCUGCUCUUCUCUAGGAAGAGAUGCACGUGUCCCACAGGUAAAGAAAUCUAUCGGGGAACGAUUCCAGAUCACAGUGGUGGUAUUCCUUUGUUUGGAAGCACAGAAAAGUCCUGCUCCAGAGGGUGAUGAAUUUGCUUAAGUCAGUCACUCUUGAGAGCCAGCAGAGAUCCCUCCCUUCUCCUCCUGCGUUGGGCGAGAUGUGCUAAUAGAAUCCAGCUCCGUGUGACUGCACAGUGUUGGUGAGUGGAGAAACGAAUGACGGAGGGUCUGAUGUAGCUCUGCUGAAGUUGUUGAAGUUCUCUCCACUGACUUCACCGUGUUAGAUCAGACAGUUCGUCCAACUAAUGAUAAAUCAACCCUCAAUUCCACCUCCCCCAGAACCCAGCUGGGGUUUUUCUGGGAGCAUGAGGUCAUUGCUGCCUUCUUUCUGUUCCUCUAACUGCUGCUUUAAGGAAGAAAGGAGCAUCCUUGGGCUAAAUUGCAUAACCUUGUUCAAUAUAACGAUCAGAUGAGGAAGAAGAUACCGCUUCCUCUGAAACAAUGAAGCACAACUCAUACCUCGUGCUUCCCACUCGCUCUCCCUUAGACACUUGGAAAAACAGCAUGUGUAUGAUGGGGCAGAGAGGGAUUAGGGAGCUGUGUGGAUGGGUCACAGUUCUCAGAGGGCAAAGCUGGGACCAACUGGGCAUCAAAAUUGACUGGUUUUUGCAAUGUACAGGUCUGAGGAUCUUGGACUGAGUCCUAGUUUCCUAAGAAAUCUUUCAUAUUGAUGCUGUUCCAAAGUUUAAUUUUUAUGUAAUUGAAGUUUAGUACUAUUAUAUUGCAUACUGUUAACUAUUCAACUAUUUAUUUGGUUUCCUUAUGCUGUUCCUUUAUAAUAAACCCUGACAAAAGUUUUCUUGCUGUACAACAAUGAAUAGAAACUCUUAAGCUAGUUUUUCCUUCUUCCCAUGUUGCUACAGACAUUCCUAGUUUCAAAUGUACUGAGAAUGUUCUUACCCUUUUUAGUGAACAGGAGUUCAGUGCUCUCUGCUAACAUUACAGUUUUUCCUUCACACAAAAGUAAACGGCUUAUUGAUAACGCAAGCAGUCCUGGGGUGAUCUGAUU